UUAUUUUAAUUAUGAACAGAGUUCAUCCUGAUGGAGAAGAGAGACACAAGGAGCAGGAAGAGGUGAAGGAUGCAGGGAGAAUAAGGUGGAUAGGCCAGCAUUCGUUUUUAUUGGCAACUCUUGGCUCUGUUAUUAAUUUCGGGAGUUUUUGGAGGUUUCCGUUCAUUGUUUAUCUGAAUGGAGGAUUAAUUUUCUUCGUUCCAUAUUUUAUAGCUUUGUUCUUUGUUGGUAUCCCGAUGUUGUUAUUAGAGAUCACUCUUGGGCAAAAAUAUCAAAGAGGGAUUGUCAGUGUGAUGAGUGGAAUAAAUUCCAGAGCUAUAGGCAUCGGAUUCGCUAGUAUCUAUUCUGUAUGGUGGAUUGCAGUAUAUACAUCCACUAUUCUUUCAUGGGCUACUUAUUAUUUCUUCCUAAGUUUUGCUUCCCCUCUUGAGUGGUCAGAUGAAGGAUACGAUGUCAAAUGAGGAGGAGGAUCUUCCAAGGAAUAUUUUUAUAGAAAUUUUCUGAAGUACCAAAAAGAUACAUGUCUGUAUAAACAGCCAAAGGAAACAGAUGAAGUUGCUUGGUUCAUAUGGCUAUGAAGUCUACUUGUCUGGACAAUAAUCUAUUUCAUUGUCUUUAGAGGGGUCAGGUCAAGCUCUUAUGCUGUUGCGGGAACGGUUCCUUUAAAAUUUUGCUUACUCUUCAUACUUAUGAUUAGAUUUUUCUGCCUUGAUGGGGUUGCUGAAGGUAUGGAUAUACUCUUCACAGGCGAGCACAAUACAAAGUUUGGAGAAAGAUUUGAAAAGAUCUAUAUUUGGACGAAUGCUUUAGCUGAGACAUUUUUGUCUCUUAAUUUAUGUCUUGGAAUCAUGACAGCUUAUGGGUCGUAUAAUUUAAAAACUAAACCUGUCAUCAGAGAUAACAUGUUUAUUGCCUUUGCUAACACAGCAAUCAAUAUUAUCUUUGCAUUCUGAGCUUUCUCAGUGAUUGGAUACUUAAGAGAUGCAGGACAUCCAGCUAGAACACAGACAGGAUACCUUGGAUUAGCAUUUAUUGCAUAUCCUGCAGCUGCAGCUGAAAUGGCAGGGGCUAACUUUUGGAGCCUCAUGAUAUUUCUUAUGAUCUUUCUCAUUGGAAUUGAUUCAGUCUCUUCAAUGAUUGAAGCUAUCUCUACUGUUGUUCACGAUAAUAUCCUUGGAGAGAAACUUGACAGAAUGUACACAACUCUCAUCAUAUGAUUCAUAGGAUUCUUAUUCAGUCUCCUCUAUUGUUCAGACAUAGGCUUCAUCCUUCUAGAUGUUACGGAUUAUUAUGUGACUAUUUAUGUCCUAUCUCUUAUAUGUAUUUUCAAAUGAGCUGUCGUAGGCUGGGUGUACGAAGUUAAGGAAAUUAGUAACAAAGUCAGCAUUAGCUCAUUGAUAAUUUAUACCUCAGGGUUCUGGUUCUUAGCAAUAAUAAUGCCCAUUAUCUCAGUGAAUGCAUACAAUUCACACACAUGGACAACGAUCUUGAUACAGUUUUCUCUUCUACCAGUUUUGGUAGUAAUUUCUUGGUUAUUCUCAAGACAGAAUACAUUUGCUGAAUGGUUCGAUAUUGUAUUUUAUUCAGGAGUCAGGAAGGUCUGCAAGUACAUGACUCUAAUCUCAAACAAAGAGAAGAAAUCAUACAAUGAAAAGGAAUGGUGGGAACCUAUCUUUAAGUUUUGGUGGUGCUUCAGCAUAAAAUAUGUCAUUCCAUUGGCAGUAGCACAUGGAGUUCUCUUCCAAUUCAACACUGAUGCGAAGACUAGGUACAAAGGAUAUCCUCUAAGUGUGAACUUUUUCGGGUGGUCUAUCUUAAUUGUAGCUCUUCUGAUUGUGAUCGUCCCGAUAUUUAUCUUCAAAAAAUCUGUGGAGAAUUCUGACCACAAGGAAAGCAUCUUUGAAAUGAUGGCGAUAGAACACUUUACAGAAGAAGUUAUGCAGAAGAGGAAGAAACCUCAAGUAAAAGAAGAGAAGAAGACAGUCGAGAUGAAGUCUAUUGAUGCUAAUGAUGCUGACCAGAGCAAGAGUCCAAUGAGAACGAAUAGAUCGAUUGUGGCAACUGAGAGCAAUAUCAGACUUGAUGAAGAAGAUUAG